UAGAGAGCGGGUGCCGGUUCCUUUUCCGUAAAUUCUUCCCUCACUGCCCGGGGUGGAGCCAGCAGGGGAGGCAAAAGAGGAAAGGUGAGAGGUGAUAGCGGCGGGAGAGUGGACCGACCGGCUCCGUGAACAAGAUGGCAGAGAGCGGGCGGCAGCCGCCUCCAGACCCUUUGGAGGAUGCCUGCUCUACUACUCAUAACUUCAUGAUUCCAAAGAAGGAGAUAAACACAGUUCCUGACAUGGGCAAGUGGAAACGGUCUCAGGCAUAUGCAGAUUACAUCGGCUUCAUUCUGACCUUAAAUGAAGGGGUUAAGGGGAAGAAGUUAACCUGUGAAUACAAAGUCUCUGAGCCAAUUAAUAAGCUUGUUGCACUCCUCAAUACAUUAGACAGAUGGAUUGAUGAGACCCCUCCUAUGGAUCAGCCCUCCAGAUUUGGGAACAAAGCCUUCAGGACUUGGUAUGCUAAACUUGACCAGGAAGCAGAAAACCUAGUGGCUACAGUGAUCCCUAGCCAUUUGGCAGCUGCUGUACCUGAGGUGGCCCUUUACCUAAAGGAAUCAGUGGGAAACUCUACCCGAAUUGAUUAUGGCACAGGUCAUGAAGCAGCCUUUGCUGCCUUCCUUUGCUGUCUCUGCAAGAUUGGGGUCCUCCGGGUAGAUGACCAAAUAGCCAUUGUUUUCAAAGUAUUUAACCGGUACCUUGAGGUUAUGAGGAAACUUCAGAAAACCUACAGGAUGGAGCCAGCUGGAAGCCAAGGAGUAUGGGGUCUAGAUGACUUCCAGUUUUUGCCCUUCAUCUGGGGCAGUUCUCAGCUUAUAGAACACCCAUACCUGGAGCCUAGGCACUUUGUGGAUGAGAAGGCAGUGAAUGAGAAUCACAAGGACUACAUGUUCCUGGAGUGCAUCCUAUUUAUUACUGAGAUGAAGACCGGCCCCUUUGCUGAGCACUCCAACCAGCUGUGGAACAUCAGUGCUGUACCUUCCUGGUCCAAAGUGAACCAGGGCCUUAUCCGCAUGUAUAAAGCUGAGUGCCUGGAGAAGUUUCCUGUGAUCCAGCACUUUAAGUUUGGUAGCCUGCUGCCGAUCCAACCUGUCACGUCAACAUAGAAGAGGCGGGGGAACAACCACCGCUACCCUGGAGGUCACCAGCUCCCUCACCUGGCUCCCUUCACUUUUCCAAUACCACCUCCCUGCCGUUCUCUCUGGUCCUCGAGGCAAUUCUUCAGGAUAUGUGAACACCCACAGAACAAGUGCUGAAGGACCCAGAAUGGGAAGAAUGACCAAAGAUCGGCCAGUCUCCUGUCCUUUCCCCAGAGGCCAGAUGUGGGUGUAUUUCUGGGGAAGCAGGGUCCUUGUGGCUACCUGACCCCACCUUGCCUCUGUCCUUACCCCACCCAAAUUCCCAGUCCCACUCCAUGUGCUAAAUCUGCUCUGUACCAUCAUAUGUGUGGGGGAUUGAUAUGUUUUACUGUUUCCAUUAACUUUCUUCCUAUUUCCUGUUGCCUUUCUGAGUGUUGAGUAGCAGUUGCCCAGGUGGGGGUAGGAGACCAUAGACCAGUCCCCACCUCAGGGUACUUAUAUAGGGCUGGAGAAUGAGGGAGAUCAGGAGGAAAGAGAAGCCCUGGCUAUUUCCUGGUUAUUUUUUGUGAGUUUCCUUCCUUCUUCCCAAGCUCUUCUUUUAUAAACCUGGUGUUGAUUUCAGGGGUUCAGUUUCCAGGCUUGAUCUCCUGAGGCCUAAGAAGGGGCUUUGGGCCAGGGACCAGUGAAAAUACAAGACUAGAGGCAAGGCUAGAGAUAUCCUGGCUAUGGUGAGGCAGAGAACAAUUACAACCACACACAUUCUAGCUCUUUCUCUGUGGUGCUCAGGUCUGCAAUCUUCCCUGGGUAUAGCCAUAUUGCUUCACUUUUUGCUGCUGCUGUAAGAUUCUAGGCUAAUCCAGUCCCUUUCUCAGCACUAGUGGUUAUUCUUUGGAUGGGAUUAGGCUUUUGGGAGGUGAGGACAAGGACCUCACUAGGGGGUUGUAUCAGUUCUGUUGUAUUCAGGCUUUCCCUCAAUGAAUGGCUAAUGAGUUACAGUGGUGGGAUUUGGCGUUUGAUCUAGUACAGAUUUUGGCUCCUGGAUUCCUGCAGUUAAAGCCAGCUUUAAGGUCAGACUCAUACCAUCCAUAUUGCAUACAGCACUGUACUGACUACAGGUAGGCCACUGCAGGGCCAUGGAAACAGAGGAAUUUGUUAUCUCAACUCCCUUUUUCCUCUGGAAAGCAAGUGCAUACCAAUGGGAUUUUCCCAGCCAAAGGCAUAGGAUAGAGGAGGUAGCGAUAUUUUCCUUUGGGAAAGCUGGUCUCACAUCAUAAGAGCCAUUUUGGGGUUGAGGUAAGUGACUUGCUUGAGGGCCAAAUUAUAGCACCGUAGCUCUCAGACCUUGGGUUCAAGAAUGGAGGUGGUGGACUUGAGUAGGAGUGAUACUGUCAUCACUUAAGUUCCAAGUUUUGUUCAAUUCAACAAACAUUUAUUGAGCUCUUCCAGGGCUGUUACCAGAAGCUGGGUUUUUCAGAUUUUCCCUAUAGAAGACCCUUCUCCAUUAAGCAUUUCUUCCUCUGCUCUUGAUAUCAAGGUUGUUUUUUCUUUUUCUUUCUCAAAAAGUUUUAUUUGGCUGCCCAGGCCUAUCUCUCCUCAGCAUCUUUCACACAUCCCCAGGUCUGGGUACUACUCCUUUUAGGGUAGGAACACCCUGACAAGCACAGUGUGUUGGAUUUCCUUUCUGGUCUGUGGUCCCAUUGCCAGCACUGUGGAUGUGAGCUGGAAUGUUAUCUAGGGCCACUGACCAGAGCAGUCUCAGGGCUUGAGCUAGGGGAAAAGACAUGAGUUAGAGUUUUCCAAAGGGAUGCCAAAUGUUUUCCACCAGGACCCCUCAUGGAGUUAGGUAGACUGUCACCUUCCUGCCCUCUCAUGCAAGGGCCUGCCCACCAUGUGCCAACACCACUCCAUUUUGAGGCUGCUUCACCCUAACCCCCUUGCUCUUUCAUUGCUGUUCUGAUUAAAAAUCUGUUUUGCACCUGGA